AUGAAUUUAUCUGAACAAGGUUAUCAUCAUUAUAGCUUAUCACCUUCUAAAACAACAUUAAAUUUACAAAUUUCAAAUUCUUCCCUGUCGCUAAAUACAAAUCAAACAAAACAUGAUAAAUUCAGUAUUAAUGAAUUAAUUCAAUGUUCAACAAAUUCAAUAUCUGAGUUAAAUUGUUUUAAAAAUCAUAUUAUUGUAAAUAGAACAAAUCAAGAUGAUAAUAGUCAUCGUAAUAGUGAUAAUAGUAAUAACAUAGGUUUAAUAAAUUUUAAUCAUACUGUUAAAUUACCAAAUGUGGCAAAUUCAUCAACUCCAUGCGUAAAACAUUCUAAUGUAAAUAUGAUUGAAAAAACACAAAAUUUCUGGAGUAGUCCCGAAUGGCAAGUUUUAAAGCAUCGUCUUAAAGAACAUUUAAAUCAUAUUCAUGACAGAACAAUCAAUAAUUCAAGAAUGGAAGUAGUAACUAAUCAACCAAUGAAUGAUAAAUCAGUAAUAACAACAACAACAAUAUUCGAAAAUCCGAAACUAUCAGAUAGCAAAACAUCCAUGAUUAAUGUAAGUCAAUCAGAUUUUAAAUAUCAUCCUUGUAACAAUUUAGAUUUACAAUUUUGUAUACAAUCAGAAUCAAGUGCAUUUCGUCCAGUUCAAAGUAGACAAAUACCUUCUACAUAUGUUAAUAUCAAACCUACUAUGAUUACUAAUACAGGUUUAAAACAAUUCAAUUCAUAUAUGUACAUAGAUAAAUUUCCCAGUGUUCCUAAUUCAUUUCAACAAUCACAAACAUUUACUUCACAAACAGAUCCACUAUAUUCUAAACAUAAUAUUAUCAAUGAUAGAGUUACGAAUUCCUCUAUACAAUCUUUACAUACUACACUUGAAUUAAAUCAUUCUAAACAAUUAUAUGAUUCAUUCAAAGGAACUACAUUCAAUUCUACCAUUGAACAAUUGAACAAAAUAACAUCACCAGUCAUAUCAUCAAAUACUCAUCAUCAAAUUACUAUUACUGAUAUUGAUGAAAGUAAACAGUGUGAAUUCAGAUCAUCCGCUAAAUUUUCAACAUUCAAUACGACAUUAUUGACAACAACAACAACCACAACCACGACUACGACAUCCUCUCUAUUAGAUCAACAGAAAAAACAAAAAAGAUCAAAUUUUAAUAAGAAAUGUCAAAAAUGUGUAUGUUUCAAUUGUCAAGAGGCGCGCAAUAGGAAGAAAUCGAUUGAUUACAAUGCUAAUAACAAUAAGCAUGCCUUGAACAAUUUCAACAUUGAAACAUUGAAUUUAACUAAUCAAAAAUCAAUACAUAAAACAAUGCAUCUAUGUAAUUUAUGCGGUAAAACUUAUAGUAAAACAAGUCAUUUAAAAGCUCAUUUAAGAUGGCAUAAUGAUGAAAGACCAUUUCAAUGUAUUUAUGAAUUAUGUAAUAAAGCAUUUACUAGAUCCGAUGAAUUACAACGUCAUCUACGUACACAUACUGGUGAAAAACGUUUUAUAUGUAAUUUAUGCAAUAAACGUUUUAUGCGUAGUGAUCAUUUAAGUAAACAUCGUAAAACACAUGAAGUAGACAGAGGGAAUUUAUUGAAAACAUUGAAAAUGUAA